CUUUUUCAUCGUAGAAUUAAGAGUGACAAAAUAAUCCUUUUCGUUUUUCUAUUUAAAAUAUAUUUGUUAAAAUAUCAAACUGUCCCGUGUUUUAAUUAUAAUGAACUCAGACAAUACAAGAACAUCAGAGAAAAUAUCGGCAGCAGAUAAAAUCGAUACUCCACUGUACAAGAAGAAAACGUUUGAUUUCACGGAUUACGCCUACCGCGAGGCGGUAAAUCGCUUAAAGUUCCUACUGACUGAAGCAUAUGAGCCUACCAAAGCAGCCACAUCGUAUUACUAUCGCGGAUUGGACGAUGCUAAAUCAGAGGUGUCCGACAAUCAGUCCGUCGCAGAGCGACCAUCUAUCACCGAGGUAUCCAAAUAUUUUAACCCUUCGGGACUGACGCGUAGUGCAUCCAUCGGGACCGGCAAUCGAAGGUUUAGCUAUCUGAAUACUGGAGGUGGAUUAUUGAAGCCAGUGACAUCGAUCACUAGUUUACAGCCCGCAUCAGUUUGCAGUAUACCACAAAGCCAAGAAGUUACUCAGCCACCUCCGGAAUUGCUUGGCUUUAUCGAGAAACAAGAAAGUUACAUUGAACAGCUGGAAAAAGAGUCUCAAUACUGCAGGGAGGAACUUGCGACGCUACUGAAGAAAGUCAAAGAUGUAGUUUCAGAAAACGAGGCCCUGACUGACCGAGUCCGGUCUAAGGCUAUCUACCAGCUGGAUUCCUCGGAAAGUGAAGACCUAGACUUGGAACGAACACGGGACAAAGGACGACUAUCUGGACCGAAUAUUGUGUUUGAGUCGCGCAUCAGUGAGUUGGAAGCACAGUUGGCACAAUCGCAGAUCGACUUGAAAAAAUUGUUCAACGAAAACGAGGAAAACAAACGCAAGUUGGUACACGGAUCAAGCGAUUCCAGCUGUGCGGAUAUAUAUCGAAAGCAGGUGGAAAACUUGCAGAGAGACAAGCAAACUUUGGAAGAAACAGUGCGUAAAUUGCAAUUGUCGAUCGAUCAGCUGAAAGAUUCAGAAGCCAACAACUUUAACAAAUCGCAGAGAAGUCGUGAUAUGAUUGAGCAUGUCGCUUUUGAGCGUAACCAGGCUGAGAUUGAAAUUCGACGAUUAAAGGAUGAGCUCGAGCGGCAGCAUGAGCGCGUACGUGAAAUACAACAUGAAAUGACCAAGCGAAUCGCAGAGGAGCGCUCAAAUGCUGAGAGACGCUACACGUUCCAGGUGGAUCAAUUGGGAGGAGAUUUGAGCAGCCAAUGGGAACAAGCGACGAAACUUCAACUAGAGGUAGAGCGCAUGAAACGAAUUGAGUCCGACUAUAAGCGAGAAAUCAAUCAAAAGAACUCACAACUUGACGAGCUUAAGCUAGAGUUGAAGAAUAAAAUGGCAAUUUUUAUGUCCGAUCUGAAUCAAGCUAGUGCGGAAAAACAGUCAUUGGAGCAGGAGAUUACUUCAUUAAGAUUACAAUUAGAAAGAACCGAACGUCAAACUAAAGUCGAAGUUUCGCGCCUAAACGCAGAAAUCACUUCUUUACGCCAGCGCUUGGAUCGUGCCGAUUCUGAUAUGUUGCAUUGUAAGCGCGAAAAUCUUAAGCUGGCGGAUGAAGUUGCAUCUCUGGAGAAAGAGCUAACGUUAGGGGAGCUGAACAAGGAAACGAGACCUUCUAAAGAAUUAGCUAAGAUCAUCUCGGAUAUGGAAGCCAAACAUGCUGCCACGGUGUCAGAGCUCGAGGGCAUGGUUCAAGAUCAAAAACAGCUCAUGGAAAAACUAACUACCGAAUGCAAAGGCUUGACGCAUAAGUUAGAGGACACGACACUGAAACAUAAAGAAGAGAAAAAAGAGCUAAGGCAUACCAAUAAUGAACUUAUGGAACGCCUGAAGCAAGUAUGGAAAAACUACAAAGAAAUUAGUCCAGCUUACAAAAACCAGCUUAUGAAAUGCACUGAACCGCUUGAAUCUGAUUCUAAAAACUCAUCUGCAUCCAAUUGCAAUCCAAAGGUUCCAAAACAGCUGGGUCUAGACCAGGUAGUACGGCGUCCCACUACCCUCCAAAUCGACCAGUGCAAUCGGUCCCGCAGCCACAAUCUCAAACAGGCAAAAUAUCACGGCCAGAAUCAAGAACAUCCGACCGACAGUAUAACAACGGACGACAGCAACCCUACAGCGAGCUGUCCCGAACCAGCUCUGUUAAUGACUACACUGAGCCAAGAAGAAAUAGAUAUGGUGACGAGAAACGAAGCGAGUCACGAAUGUCACGUUCCUCCAUCCCCAAUGAAGAUGCAACAGGUAAGAUACCUGCCAAGGAGUCGGAGUCUGGACGUUCUGAUGUCGAACGAUCGUCGAGAGCCAGCGACAGUACAGCAGCUAAACCAGACAGCACCGGCAGCGCCGGUAGGGUCUCACGAGAAUCCAAUGCCAGCGGUGAUCGCGCGUCAAAACAAUCUAUGCGACAACAACCUUCUACAUACAGCGAAACAGCCCAACCUGAUCAAUACGUUUCAGAACAUACAAAGCCCGUGGAACAGUAUCAAACCAGUCCAACCAACCAAUAUACGUCGCAAUCCGGGGAACUUGAACAACCUUAUCAGCCACCAUCAGAACAGUACCAGGCAUCCGGUGAUAUCUACGGCGAAAGCACCGGAUACGACGCAUCACAGUAUGACCCCUCACAGCAAUAUGAUCAGAAUCAAUACGAGGGCUACGGAGAACAGCAGUACAUGCCAGAGUCGUAUGACCAACAAGCAUACCAGCAGCAGCAAUAUUCAAGCUAUCAACAACCAUAUGAAACACAGCAGUAUGCCCCUGAGCAAGUACAUGAUGAACCAAGUUACCCAACCGGAAAUGCUGAGUCCCCAACACAACAAACAUCCUCUGCACCAACUGUCACCCCAGCCACAGCGGAGCCAGCCGAAAGCAACCGAAAUGUGGGAUAUUCGCGUUCACGAGGAUCUACAGGGCCAUCCCCCAAUCAACAAUACGGUGUGGGAGCAAGGAAUAAGCAGCUUGGACAGAAUAAACAAUCAGCCAAUAAGUAAUAGCUUUUGUUGUAAUAGUCUACCGCGACAGGUACCACAGAGUUGCCACUUUACCCCGAUAGAGUGCUAUCCAAGCCUCAGCAUUAGUAGCCCUAGUUUGUUUGGUACAAGCCCCGAUUCCAGCCUCACGCCAUCACCAACGUCGACUAUACUCCAAAACUAUAAUGCGACUAGUCCUAACCCACAGUAAAACGUUGGGUUGAAGGUUCUGAUAUAUUUGUGUAACUCUAUAAAUUGUUCGAUGUUUUUGGCGAAAAUAAACAGGGUGUGUUAACUAGUAAUGAACAA